AUGUCACAAGAACAACAACCUCAAAAAUUGUCCCAUGACAUGGAAGUGAACCCGUACCUUGCUUCAACAAUUAUCUCUAACCCUCAACGACGUAUCGAUGACACGCCCUGGUCGACAUCAUUCGAAUGCGACCUCAUCGACACCAGCAAUGGCAUCUUCACGCAGGAAGACCUACGACUCCUCGCACAUGUCAAUUGCUCCUAUCUCUCAUCCGGCAAAGCUCCCACGCUGAAAUCUCUGAAGCAACAUGCACAGAGCCUGGCUAUUCUAAUAAAGAAGAUCUCUGUUUCCACCAGCCAUGUAUUCAUCGGGGAUAACGCCCCUAUUGUUGAGAAUGAAGCGUUCGACUGGCUGGCGGACCUCAGCAAGCCCUACGAGAACACCGACGCCUCCCAUAACAUCGAUCUACAUGCCCUACAGAACCAGAUCUCGAGCGAAAUCGAGGUCACGGGCAUCAUCCAUCACUGCCCUUUGACCAUAAGGAAGAACAUGGGCGCCUCGGCAAGAGGUCGUCCGAGACUCCCGCCGUACGAGUCGGGCCACGGACUUCUCAUGCACGCAAACGAGUGUCUAGAGCUGCUCGAUGAUGACUUCGGCGAGACGGGCGGGCUGCUAUCCAUGCUCCCGUCCAACAGUGAAGCCGAUUCGCAGCAGAUGGCUUCUGCUAGGAACACGCUGGUCGGCCAGUGGCUGAUCCAUCACCAGCACCUCGCAUUCAGACAGCGCGAGCUCGAGGUUGAUUUGGCCAAUAUGACCGACAUCCUAGCCAAGGAAGCUAGUAUACCGCAUCAACUCGUACAUUACCCCCCGCAGGAAAACGACCAGAGCACGGAGCGACAAGACCGGUAUAUCCUCACCAACAUUGGAGACGACGUGACUGAUUUUAUCCACGACCUUCUCGAUAAGGAAGAGGCAAAGGACCAGGACCACUUGAGCCUAUGUGAAGCUCGAGGCGUCCAUUCGAGGGGCCAUGUCAAGGGCAUAGUCCAACAGGAUGUUACCUCACGAGUGUCCCGGAUCAAGGGACACGGAAGAAAAUCCCCGAUUUUCAUACUCCCCUGCUCGGAGCAGCAUCCAGGUGUUCGAGCCACGCGCAAGGUGGAGAGGAAGACUCCCGAGAUACGUCUCGUAGCACGGAAACCGAGCAAGGGGGUGGAAAGGCGUCUGGCCCAUGAAAGGGAAAUGGCGGACGAAAACGCGAAUGAGCUAGAUUCGCUGCGUCGCCAAUACGCUGCACUACAACAGCAUUGUCAGCUGCAGCAAGCUUGGAUAAUGGCGAGAGUAAACGGACCAGAUGGAGGUGAAUAA